UACCCAAGAAAAGCGGGCGGCUUUUUUAGUACAGCCGGGCUAACCUUAAAAUAAUCGAGAAGAUGCCGCGCGUGCGGGUUCCAUCUUUCGCGCUACUUACCGUUUAUUGGAUAUCCAGUAUCGGGGUGGUUGGAGGGCAGUUUUUUGGGGGUUCAACUGCUGAACAACUACAACAGCAAUUUCCUCCACUAGACCGUAGCCUAAACCAGCUCUCACCUCAGCAACAAGGCCAAAUUCUCAGCGACGUCCAGCAACAUCAACACCGAUUCGGUUUACACCAACGUGGAAACGCAGGUGUGCAACAACCUCAACUCUUUAACAGAAAUCAGCAGUUGCUAGCCCAGAGUGGCCUGUUCGGUCAGCAAUUGCAACAGCAGUUUGUAAAUCAAGCAAAUCAGGCUUUCUUUACCCAACCGAGUAAUCCACCAAUAUUCCAACAACCUAUCAAUCCAACUCAACAAAGCCCUAGUCAGUUAUUACCAACCGCACAGGCUCAGCUAGCCAGUUUUUCACAGCCCACCAAUCCGAACGCUAAUUUCUUACCGCAAUUGCCAGAAACCCAAAAAAAUUCAAUAGUGUUCCCUUCAGCAGCACCCACCGUUGGAAAUCCAUUGGUUCAGCAUCAUACGCAAACCAGUUUUAUACCAAAUUUUGCCAAUCAGGCCACUCAGAGAAAUAAUCAGAUUUUUAACACCAGGCCUACCGUUGAUCCGAUUGAAGCUAUCAAUGAACAAAUAAGGCAAUUAGAUCCAGAAAAGAAUAAACAAAGAAUCAAAGAGCUUCAAGACAAGAAAACGAUCAUAGAAAAACAUAACCAGUUUGUGGAGAAACAGUAUCAAAAGGCACUAAAGAAAGCUCAAGAAGAACACCAGGAGUUUGUAGCCAAUCAGAAGGAGCAACGGAAGAAGCUGUACGAAAGCCUAUUGAAACAAUCUAGCCAAGAAUCAGGAGAAUUUAGAUUUUCUCAGUCUGCGCCAAGAUAUAUAUAUCCUGAGGAGCAGCCACUAUUUAAGAAAGCGUUAAAUCAAUACUAUAGAGAACACCCGACCACUACCACUACGACCACAACCACGACCACGACAACCACAACUACCCCUAAGCCAACUACGCAGAGGAAAUCCAUAAAGAAGGGUAGUCAAAAAAGCUCUUUCUUGCCUACCAUUUUACCCAGUACUGUACCAUCAUCCAAGGUGAAGUCAAUUCAGUCUCUGGAUGACCUUAAUAGUCUAAAACGCCAAUAUAAAAGUCAGCAAAUCAACAAGGAUGACCUGCUUGCCCAGCUUAAAGCAGCUAUCGGUUCUACCUCACAAGACGAUAUUCCUAAGAACCUCUCCUCGAGAGAAAUUUCAUUAGCUAAUGGUAAAAAGGUGCAACUCAUUGAAGAUGUCGAUCCGAAGCUAAUACCCCAGGGAAAAGAGGAAGAAAUCACUCUUCCAAACGGUGAUAAAGUUAUCGCUGUUAGGGCUGAUCCCAACUUGCUCUCUAGGCCAUCAAAGCCUGCUGGAAAAGGAGACGAAAUUACCCUUCCCAACGGACAAAAAGUUCAAGUAAUUAAAACUACAAAAGAGGGAAAAGAACUGAACGGUUUGGGUUCCGGAGAAGAAAUAACUCUGCCAGAUGGUCAGAAGGCAGAAAUUUUCAAAACUAGUUCGUCCUCAGCAGUACCAUCGUUUAAAACUCAAGAAAUUACUUUGCCUAAUGGACAAAAAGUCGAGGUUAUAAGAACAACAGACCCCAAGUUGGUUCCUGGGGGGGUUCCACUCGAACCAGGGAGUGAUUUGGAAAAACUGGUCUUGGCGAAAACCACGACAGUAAAACCUCCCAAAGCCAUUUUAGAAGAACUUACAAAAAAUGUUGGUUCUGAUUAUGAACUACUAAAAACUGGUGCUGGAGGCAGCCUGGAAAAUAUUAAAACACCAAACACCCUCUCCAAUCAGAAAAAGGUUACCUUUGUCUUGCUGGAGGAGCAGAGCGAUGGUACCCUCAAAGUCCAAGGCAUUAAAGGAAAUGGCAAAGAUAAGCCUGACGUUGACGUGGACUCAAUUCUAAAGAAAAUCAAAGCUGGAGAGAUUAAAUUGCCUUCUACGACCACCACUACAACAACACCAAGUCCUACUAAAGUCACCACAAGGGCUACUACUGUCAGUUUUGCUACUACUGAAGGCCGAGGUAGUAGCGUUUCUAGUUCUAAGCCAAUCUCAGUUACUGUAACUCCAAACUCUUUUGCAACAAAUGACGACAUUCAGUUAACCCCCACUGCGAAAGCCCUUAGCAGUGCAUCUCUUCCCCAUUUAUCUACCAACAUCGGAAGUCAGUUUUUAAGCAGUCCUCUGCCAUCUAGUGCAGCUUACUCUUCUACCGCAAGCGAUGCCUAUGUUUCUGGCAGCAGAAGUACGACCCCAAAUUCUAUUUUUGAAGAUAGCAGCCUUAAGUCAACGAGAAUUAGCUUCUCGCCUCAAGACCAAACAAAACAAGCGUCCCAGAUCACAACAAAUAACCAAAACUUAAUUUCGGAACCGAGUUCGACCCUAUCGCCUCCUUUUUCUUCGGAAAAACCUAAGGAGUACGUUGUAAAGUCUCGUCACGAGAAAUUUUCUGCCGAAUCCAACGAGUUACCAGAGCUUACCACCGUAUUAAAAUCUAAUGGUUUAUAUGCAAUGGCAAGAUUUUUGAAACAAUCCGGCCUCGAUACCGUUUUAAAUGAUACAGGACCCUACACAGUAUUCGCACCAACUGAUAAAGCUUUCAGAACAUUGUUAGUACAACUCGGAGGACCAGAAAGGGCUGAAGAGAAAUUUAAGGAAAACCCAAGACUACUUAGUGGACUGCUCUUACACCACGUAAUCCCAGGUGCUUUUACAAUUUCCGAUCUUCAAGAUGAAAUGACUGGCGUAUCUUUGGCUGGUACCCAGUUACGCGUAAAUCAGUAUAACAUGCAUGAUAAUGAAUGGAACGACGUUAAAGUGACAACUAUUAAUGGGGCAAGAGUCAUAGAGGAACAGCAAGAUAUUCCUAUUCCGCAAGGUAUCACUCAUUCAGUUGAUAGAGUAAUGUUUCCACUACCAGUAGGAGAUUUGGUGCAGACCAUGCAGGCUGAUAGGGAGAGGAGAUUUACCUCAUUUUUGAGGGCGGUAUUCGCGUCUGGAUUGGCUGAACUACUUCAAGGUCCAAAAUCUCUCACUUUAUUUGCCCCAACCGAUAAAGCGUUCGCAGGACUCAGUCCGGAAGAUCUGUCGAAAACAGUGACAGACCCCGCUCUGGCUAAAGAGCUCGUUUUGAGACACUUGAUCCAUGGCGCCCUCUAUACCAAUGGAAUGAGGUACUAUCAAGUCAAAGACAGUAUGCAGAAUGAUGCUCAAAUUACUAUUAGUAAACAAUCCGGCAAAAUUAAAGUAAACAAUCAACAUCUGGUAACACCCAAUAUUCCUGCAACUAAUGGGGUCAUUCACGCAAUAGACGCCCUGUUAUGAUAGAUUACAAUCACAUUAAUUUUGUGUCAUAAAAGAAAUUUAUAGGCACCAAUUGACAAUUUGUAAAUAGAGAUUUUUUUUUUUAAUUUGUACAUAAUUGAUGAUUUAUUUUUAUAUUAUAACUUAAUUAAUUAUUUGUUAAGGCUGAUGUGUUUUUUUAUAUAUAAUAUUUAAACAGGAGGCAAAGAUUAUACGUAAAUUAUUUAUCUAGGAUAAGCCAUGUAAUAUAUAAGCUUUAAUAUAUAUUUUUAA